UCAAAUCCUGCUAAGACAGAUCAGUGUCACCCACCAGGCCCAGACAAGUUAGAGGCUGUGCACACCGAAACCAUGGCCCAGGACAUAACUCUGCUGUGGGGCUCCGGCUCUCCCCCCUGCUGGAGGGUGAUGAUAGCCCUGGAGGAGAAGAACCUGCAGGGCUACAACCAGAAACUGCUUUCCUUCGAGAAAAUGGAGCACAAAUCUCAAGAAGUGAUAGAUAUAAAUCCCAGGGGACAGCUUCCCACUUUCAAACACGGAGACAACAUUGUGAAUGAAUCCUAUGCAGCCUGUUUUUAUCUAGAGAGCCAGUUUCAGUCUCAGGGGAACAAAUUGAUCCCAGACAGCCCCACAGAGCAAGCCCUGAUGUACCAACGCAUGUUUGAGGGUACCUCCUUCUACGAAAAACUCAAUGCGGUCAUCUACUAUAAUUGGUUUGUCCCUGAAGGAGAGAGGCAUGACUCAGCUCUGAAGAGAAACAGGGAAACUCUGGCUGCUGAGCUCAAACUGUGGGAGGGUUACCUGCAGAAGCUGGGUUCGGGCGCUCACCUGGCAGGACCCCAUUUCUCACUGGCAGACGUGACUGUUUUUCCAACUGUUGCUACUCUUUUCAGAUUUGGGUUGUCUGCAGAGCGUUACCCUCAACUGGGUGGGUAUUACUCUUUGCUGAAGGACAGGCCCAGCAUCAAAGCCAGCUGGCCUCCUCACUGGCUGGAGAACCCACAGGGACAAGACACACUCAAAGACAUCUGAGCUGUACACACACUUUGCAAUCAUAUCUCAAAAGUGCUAAAGUAGCAGGUUUUUUUCUCUCUAAUGCUUAAAAAUGAAGGAAAGCAUUCAGAUGAGCACUAUGUUCCUAAUAUGUUAGUACUGCAAUGGCAUUUAUGUUUUUUGUGUUUUUUUUGUCAAACUAACUUUUUAAAUUUGUUUUACAGAUAUUUUUUGUCAAUUAAUAAAACUCACAAGUCAUUUAAGGCAACUGGUAUAUGUAGCAGGCAAAAUGUAAGUGGUAUUGUUUGUAUAGCAGCGCUUUGUUGCUUAGAUACAUGAGGUGGUGUCAGUCUCCGUUGACUAAUACAUGCACAAGUUACUACAACAACAGUUUUUGGUGCAUUUUCACCUCUUUGAGCCUAUCAAUAAAGUCAUGUCACUGCCUGAUUAAAGUUUGGAUGUUAUCAUUGCUAAUAAUGAGCUCAUGUAAUUAGAUAGGUGUAAAAUAAAGGUGAACACAGCAUUGCAUAAACCCUAUUUACAUUUCAAGUGAACCAUAGAUUAUCAAACUCUCAUCUAGAGAAUGUAGGUGGAGUCUUUGAGUAUAUGACCCGAUGGUGUUGAUAGUUGAAAUGGCUGCCUGACAGAACAGGUUUGCCCUGCACAAAGGUAACUCAGAUGGCCUGUGAUACUAUGACUGUGCACAAGUGAGACAGUAGCUUUAUAUCACAUCACAUGCAUGAUUUUGUAUUUAUGUGGAAUGCACAGCUUGUCUGAGACAUUCAAAGCAGCUGCUCUGUAUGUUAGUCUACAUCACUUUAAAUCAUAAGACUAAAAAAUAGUAAAUAGCAUAACUUGACAUGCUUUGCCUUUGAGCUCCAGAUCCUUGGAUGCUCAUCUGGGUCCAUGCUUGGUUCUGGUUUGGCAGCUCUUGUUUUCCUCUAUCAGCUGUUGAUUACAGGGGUCAGCUGUGGUGUUUUUCUAUAUAACAUACAUGGGAACAGACCAACAGUCUCUUCUGCCAGUCUAACAUGAGCAGAGGACUGAAUGCUUAAAGGUUCAGUUUUAGGGGAUCCCUGGCAGAACAAAUACAUGUUUGAGGGUCGUGCACUGAAUGAUGAAUGUUAAGACUGUUAAAAUCUGCAGUGCCAAGUCUUACUUCCUUAUUGAAAUGAAAUUAUGCUGACAGCUUGCAAGAACAAGUUUUGUGAUUAUGCAAAGCUAGACACUGGGGAAGCAGAUCAAGAUAUGGCUUAACUUUGGAAA